AUGGGGCCCUCUCCUGGGCGCCCCCUGGGACAUCCGCACAAAUGUGUUUGCAGGACUGAGAGCUGCGGCCCCUUCUCUCCACCGGAAGCCGCCCAGCUGACCGCUGCUCCAGCUCCGGUACCACCCAGCCGGCCUGAGGGCAGCCCCCUGCCGCCGCUCAGGGCCCCCUCGGACCCGGGCCCGGAGUCCGAGGCUGCUCCCCGGAGCCGCUCGGGGUCUUGGGCGGGGUCCCCUGCCUCCUCCUCCCUGAGUGGGGUGUCCUGCCGCUCUCUCCAGGAGUUCCAGAGAGCAGCCGCCGUCCUGGUUCAGCUCUGCGAGAGCCCCGUCUCCGUGUCAGACUGGGGGGGUGGGGACGUCCCAGACACGGACCCCGGCUGUUCUGGGGAGCUCUCUCCUCAAGACUCCUGGGGGCUCCACCGGGGCGGGGGGCAGGUGGCCCGGGAGAGGCCAGAGGGCGGUGGGGCCGGGCCCCUGGGCGGCCCCUCCACGGAGCCGGGGGGCGUCCUGCGGGAGGGCUGGCCGCUGCCUCCCCCGGACGCCCCCUCUCCGAGGUCAGGGUCAGAGCUGUCAGAGGCGUCCAGCGAGGUCUGGGACGAGGAGAACCUUCUGGAGCCUGGCUCGGGGCCCUCCUUGUCUACUGGAGGCUCGUCCCACCUGGAAAAUGGCGGGGCGCCCGGCUCUGCACUUGCUUCCUUGGGCCCUGGGGAGGGGCAGGAAGCGUCUGGAAGCACUGGGAGCCUCAUCCGUGAACUCACCACGGAAGAGGGCCCAACAGACGUCCCCCGAGGCUGCCCGCAUGCCCUUCCGUCCACGCCCUCGUUCUCCAGUGACUUGGACCCGUCCCUUUCCUCUCCCUCGGGGUCCUUGGCAUCCGAAGGGGUGGAUUCUGGCAGAGGAGAGACCAGGCCUCUGCAGGCCUCGGCUGCCUGCCCAGAGGGGCCCUGGGACGCUGCCCUGAGUCUGCCCAGCGACAGGACGCCACAACAGUCCUGGUCUGAGCCUGAGGUCCCCGUGACCCCGCGGGCUCCUCCUGGGGACCCUGGCGGUCUGGUGGCCCUGACACCCCAGGGCUGGGCACCCAGAUGUAGGGGCAGUGGAGACUCCCCUGCCCCCGAGGAAGCCUGCCCCACGCUGUCCAGCAGGGCCUUGCCUGAGAUCCUGUCCCCCGUUGACGAGGUGCUAUCCUAUGGCAGUGCCGACCUGUCCUCCGCUCACAGGGAUGCCCGCCUCCCUCCUCUGCCUCCCACCUUCCCAGCAGAGGAUUUGGCCAACACGACCAGCCCCGACUCAGGAGACUUCCCUUCCCCACCUGAGGAUGUCAUGUCUCCUGGGAGCUUGCCGGGCCCCCCGGGGGAGGAUGCCUCCAUCAAAACUGGGGAGUUGCCCUCCUUGUCUGAGGAGGACACACCCGAGGCACCAUCCCCAGGGCCCCAGGAGUCGGGGCUCUGCCUGGGGGCAGGCAGACAGGGCGGAAGCCUUGGGGACAAAUUGGGUGAGUCACGUUCGGUUUCCAGGGAUCAGGCUGUGGGCAGCCAGUGGUCUGACCCAGCCGGCUGGCCAGGGUGCCCCUCUGGGGGCAGGGCAGGAGAUGCCCCUGGAGGGCUCCCAAGGCUGCCGGUGCGGCCCCCGACCCUGUCCAGAGUGGCCUUUAUGGCCGGGGAGGGUCCACCAAUGCUGUCAGCCGCUGGCAGCCCUGGGCAGGGCGACCCAGCUCCUGCUCUGGGCGCGGGCCCCUGCGCUGACCCGCCGGGCACAGAGGGAGCCAAGGUGGUGGAUUUGGUCUCCAGCCAGCUUAGCAGGAGGAUCCUGUGCGACACGCUGGCUGUGCUCUUGGAGCCAGCCCAGCCGGCGGCCCCCUGACGGAAGAGCCGCCGUGUCCCGCAGGCUGGCCCGGCGGCCGCUGCAGGGCCUCGGGAAGACGGGGCCCACGGUGACAUGGGGUGCCAUUGCGCAUGCGUGUGCAUGGUGUGUGGGAUGCUCCCGGAAGCCUGGGCCACCGAGGGCAGAACCACCAUUCAGAACAGCCUGCCUGUGGCUGGCCCCCAAGUAGUCGUCUGAUGCUGGGCUGGGGCCUGGGCGGGGACAUGGCAGCCAGUGCGGUGAGCUCUGUGUUCUUCCGGAUGUUGGGGCCGCUGCGUCCGUCAGGCGCCUGGAAGGGCCCCUGAUCCAAAGCCUUUAAGAGGCGGGAAGGUAAAAGGUUGUGCGGGCGUGUCCAGAGGCUGCCGGUCGAGGAAAGGUGUGGAGGUCAUGGAUUGACAGAGAACGGUCCGGAGGGGAGCGGUCCCCAAGGACGAACUGGAGACCACAUGCCGGGAGGCAGAGCCAUCGGCAAAGGCGGGGCGAAGAGAGAGAGAGCGGCUCUGGGGGGACAGGGGGGCAAGGGGCGGUGGAGACGGGCUGGGGGUCACGUCCGCACGGACUCACACCCCAGCUUGGCGGCCUCUGAAGGCCAAGGGCAUGCACGUGGGCCGACCCCGCUGUGGACAUCACAGAUCUGUCAACUCAAGGGCCGGAGGUGACCAGUCACGCCCCAGGACUGCCCUCUGGCGGGAGGUGGGCCAAGGGCUCCUUGAGGACUCAGGACUCCGGGAGAGGCCAGAGUCCGAUUCCUGGUGGCUGUCCACCAUCGAAUGACCCUCGGGAUGCAGGGCGGCCUCGGAGCAGGGAGCAGUUUGCAGAGGUGUUCGCGGAUGCAAUCCCUCUAGGGCUUGGCUCCUCCCCUCCAGGGCACGGACUUCCCCGGCCUCAACAGAGGAACUCCUUUGGAGAUGACACUUAUGGACCCCUGGGGAGCCGGCGACUUCCGUGCACUUGCGGUUAGCUGGGGGGCGUGGCGGAGCCCAGAGUUCUGCCUGUGCCCUCCACCUUCCAGCCCGGGAGCGGAGGCUGCCUCCAGGCAGCCCUCCACCAGGCCCCCGCUUCAGGGCAGCCUCCUGUAUCCAGGCCAGCUGCUCGCCAGACGGACUUUUGUCACAGGCUCACUCGUCUGGUUUCACGGCUCAGGGAGGCACCAGCUGAGACAGUUCAUGCUGAUUUCGCACUGGGUCCCCCCACGCCCACCAGGGAACCCCGGGACGGGCUCGGGCGGGGGGCAAUGUGCUCUUGCUGUGCGUAUGCGAUUUCAAAACAAGUUCUGAACUACAGGUUUCCUAUUGAUUUCCUUCUAGUUUUCCGAACAAAUCAGUCUGUAAUUUUUUAUUUUUUUUUCUAUUUAUUGCUGACCCUUUUGGAUUUACGAGGCCGUGCGAGAGGGAUUAUGUAUUUUACACACACACGUUUGGCAUGGUAAUAAAUCUCCCACCUCAAAACCCUGCAGAUUUGCCUCAAACCCCAUCGCCCCCUUUCUGGUCGCCGUGCGGGGGGGGCUGUGCUCUUGGCGGGGCCACGGGCCUCCCAAAGGACCUGUCUGGGGGCCGCCUGCACCGGUGGCCCCUCGCCCACGACAGCGGGGCCCAAGGGAGGCCACGCUACAAAAUGAGCUCCAUGUUUCAGGUCGGCGCCGUGGAGGGUGUCAGAAGCCCUCCGUCUCAGCUGACACGGCGAGUGAGGGGCGUGGGCUCCGAGGUCCGU